AUGGUUAUUUUAAAUUCGAGGAAGAAGGCCCGAGCGCCACCCAUAUUCACACAGCAGCCGAGCGAGUCUGUCUACUAUUUCAGUGACUACGACGGGAAGCCCACUCCGGUGACUCUGCCUUGUCAGGCGACUGGCUCGCACCCAAUAUCCUAUCGGUGGGAGCGUAACGGUGUGCCAAUAAGUCAUGGCCCCAGCCACACAGGUGAACUCGUGUUAAAUCCAGCCCAGGAGACCGACGCCGGCAACUACAUUUGCUUCGCCGCUAACGACCUCGGCACGGCAGUUUCUACCACCGCCCGAGUCCAGUACAGCUAUCUGGGUUACUUUAUUGGCGAGGCACAAAGCUACUCCAUCAUUGAAGGUCUCCUGCUGACGGUGCCUUGUGAGGCUCCAGACGGGCAUCCGGCCCCGAUCAUCUUCUGGGUCGACGGAAACGAUCGACCACUCUUCGCCAACGGGUCGUGGUGGAACCCAGAUCGCAACUUGGUGCAGGAUGAUGCUGGUAACCUGGUCUUCCUGGCAGCUUUGUCGAGUGAUCAGGGCAACUACACGUGCCGCGUCAGGUCGCCAACCAUCCCAGUGUUUUCUCCUUUUUCAGCAAGAAAGGGGGUUAGAGUCGAAAGAGGGUCUGAAGGUGUUCCCAUGCAACCACCGACAAUCCUAGGGGGCGCUGGAGUCAUCCACACCUUACAAGGAGAAGACGUGCAGAUGUACUGCCUUGCAUCUGGGAAUCCAGUGCCGGAAGUCAUUUGGAGCAGAGAACAGCAGCCGUCAUUCAGUCAAGUGACGGGACCCGUCCUGAGUCUGCGCAAUGUAACACAGGACCAUGAAGGGGAGUACAAGUGCGCGGCUUCAUCAGAGCAAGGUCAUGUUGAAGCUACCACUAUCUUGCAUGUCGAAGGUAAAGUAUUUCCAUCACUGGUAGUCUCUGACGAAACUCCAGUGCCGGAAGUCAUUUGGAGCAGAGAACAGCAGCCGUCAUUCAGUCAAGUGGCUGGACCCGUACUGAGUCUGCGCAAUGUAACACUGGACCAUGAAGGGGAGUACAAGUGCGCGGCUUCAUCAGAGCAAGGUCAUGUUGAAGCUACCACUAUCUUGCAUGUCGAAGCGGCGCCAUACUGGAUUGUCAAGCCUCGAGAUACCGACAUCUACGACGGAAAAACGGCGAAUCUGCUGUGUGAGGCCGGCGGGGAGCCGGCUCCAAACAUUAAGUGGAUGGCGAACGGUGAACACAAACCGGAACACGAUGGCAAACCAUCAAUUUCGGUAGAGAACAUGGAGGUGUACCAAUGCGUCGCAUCAAAUAAGCACGGAAGCAUCAUUGCCAACGCCAUCUUGAAUGUAACUGCUGCACCCUUGAUCGCACCAUCUGAUGUUGUAGCCUCACGUAUAGGCACAAGCACUAUGACGGUCGAAUGGAACCUGCUCACAUCAGCAGAUGUUGAAGGAUAUAAGGUCUUCUACUGGACGCAAGGAGGUCGCGAGACUCCACAAAUCAAGACAGUGGGCGGUCGCACCAACAAGGUUACGAUAGAUGGCUUAGAGCAAGGCACCACUUACUUUGUUAAAGUCAAGGGGUACAGCUCGGAGGGCGACGGUGUAGCCAGUCAGAUCGAAGUUGCAAAACCAGGUGAAAGACAGAUUUCGACUCCAGGUUCUGCAUCUAGCGUCACUCAAUCUCUUCUCCUCGUACUCUUUGCGCUUUUCUUUACUGUAUACCUACACUGAGAUGUCAUCACACCCAGAUGUUCUGUGGAUUCGACCAAGAGAUAUUUUGUGUAUACCAGGCAAGAUAUGGGACCCCUUACCUGUCCAAUCCCUAAACACACUCUAGACUAUCGUUACCUAACACAUC